ACUUUUGUGCAAGAGAGCCGCACCCUGAUUAUGGAUGUUCUGAUUGAGAGGCUUAAUUGAGUGUGUAAAAAUAGAUACAUGUUAUUUAUUUAUUCCGCAUGUUUGAGGAAAACCACGAAGUUAGGAAGUAUUUUCAUAGCCAGUGUUUUCGUAACUUUUAUAUCUAAAUAAUUUAGUGACAUUUUCCAUGCUGAACGACUCUGAAGAACCGUCGCGAUACAUGAGCCGUUAGAAACGGUUUGUUGGUUCCCGCAAGUGGGCAAUACGGUCACCGUGAACGUCGUACAAUUUAGUGCUAACUGUUUUUAAUUUUAAGGUUCGUGGAAUUGGAGAUUAUUAGGUUUUAGCACCUUAAUUUAUAAAGAAAAAUGAAUGAAUUAGAUAGUCUGAGACAGGAGGCAGAAACCUUGAAGAACACUAUUCGAGAUGCAAGAAAGGCAGCUUGUGAUACUACUCUGGUCCAGGCCACAGCGAACAUGGAGCCUGUGGGAAGAAUUCAAAUGCGGACUCGACGCACACUUCGUGGCCACUUGGCAAAGAUAUACGCCAUGCACUGGGGAUCAGAUUCACGCUACCUUGUAUCUGCCUCACAAGAUGGUAAAUUAAUUGUGUGGGAUGCGCACACCACAAACAAGGUUCAUGCUAUUCCAUUGAGAUCAAGCUGGGUUAUGACCUGUGCCUAUGCUGCUUCGGGCAGCUAUGUUGCCUGUGGCGGGCUGGACAAUAUCUGUUCCAUCUACAGCCUUAAGACUAGGGAAGGCAAUGUUCGAGUUAGCAGAGAAUUGCCUGGUCACACUGGUUAUCUAUCCUGUUGUCGAUUUAUAGAUGAUAACCAAAUAGUAACAAGCUCGGGAGACAUGACCUGUGCAUUAUGGGAUAUAGAAACGGGGCAACAGUGCACAUCAUUCACAGGACACACGGGUGAUGUGAUGUCUCUUUCUUUGUCACCAGAUGUGCGGACUUUUGUUUCUGGCGCGUGUGAUGCUUCAGCUAAACUCUGGGACGUUCGUGAUGGAAUGUGCAAACAGACUUUCCCAGGUCACGAAUCUGAUAUCAAUGCAGUCACUUUCUUCCCCAAUGGCUUUGCUUUUGCCACAGGAUCUGAUGACGCCACUUGCCGACUGUUUGAUAUACGUGCAGAUCAAGAGUUAGCCAUGUAUUCUCAUGACAACAUCAUCUGUGGCAUCACCUCCGUGGCCUUUUCAAAGAGUGGCCGACUUCUGAUGGCAGGUUAUGACGACUUCAACUGCAACGUGUGGGAUGCAAUGAAAGCAGAACGAGCAGGUGUUCUUGCUGGACAUGACAACAGAGUCAGUUGUUUGGGUGUGACAGAAGAUGGAAUGGCAGUAGCUACUGGGUCCUGGGACAGUUUCUUAAAAAUCUGGAACUAGAUUUUUGCUACCCCACAAACAAAGAGCUUGUCCCAGCACUGUUCUGGAUCUAGUGACUGCAACACGAAUUCAUCAUAAAUUACAGAAUUUGUCAAAAAAACUUUUAUUUUUCUCUUUUGUUGUACUUUAUUCCUUGUUUCUUUUAUGUGAAGCAUGGAUUAACGUUUUUUGUGGGGAAAUCAUGUGACGUGACUAAUGGGCCUUGGAUCUAACUCUCAGGUUAGCUUGUGUAACUUUGGUAGACAUGCAACUUCUUUAUCAGUAAACUUUUGUUUCAUUACACAUAAGAUAACAGUUUUUUACUGAAAGAUGUAUUUGUUUGUUGUUGUUUUUUUCUACAAUUUGCAAGAACAUCUUUUUUUGUGUGUAUUUUGUAAUUUGGUUUGCAGGAAAAUUUUUUCCUGCUCUAGUCAGAAUAUAUACAUACUGUGUUUGUCUGUAAAAGUGGCACAUAAUGUUAGAGCACAGCGGGCUAACCACGCACAUCACCAGGGAUGUUAAAAAAACACAUACACAUUGCACUUGUUUUUUGCCACCCCUAAAUACCAAAUACAAGUGUUGGGGUCCCAAAAUUCAUGGUUAUAAGCUUUUCUCUAAAAACUGCCUCGUCUCUAGCGGGUGACGAGAAGGCUUCGUUGUUGUAUGAUUGUUCUUUGUUUUUAGCUCCCUCUAGCUUGCACUGAGCCCCUGCAAACAGGGGGAGCACAAGGUGCUGCAUUUCUUACUGUGUGAGCAGUGCUGAAGUUAAGACUGAUAGUGACUAGGGGAGAUGUUCGAGCCCCACACUCCCACAGCUGAUUCAGUCUUAGCAUUGUGUGACGUGUGUUUUUCUGGAGCCUGCUCAUCGCCUGUCUUCCGUUUUCUCCCAGUGUGUGCUUGUUUGCUACUAGUAGUUAUUGUCAGCUGAACUGCAUGGUAAGAUAGAAAUAUUUAUCGUGAUCACCAUUUAGUGAUUUAUCCCUUUCUUCUGCUAAUGUUGCUGCUGCAUUAUAUAUGUACAUAACCUGUACAACCACACGAGUUUGUAACUUCCUGCUGGGUAGGGGAAACUAAUAAAUGAUGUACUGAUAAAUAAAGAUUAAAAAUACAUUUUUUUUUCGAAACAUUUAUAAGAGCUACUUUCACAUUUUGGGACCAUGGAAAUGAAGUCGGAGAUUCUAAUCCAAGUAAAGCCCAGUUAACUGACUUGUCCAAAUCCUUGAUUUUCCUCUUUACCUGUACCUUGUGAAAAGUAGAAUCACUAUUCUGAACAAUUAGUUUAAAGUUUUGGACUUUCUUGUACUUUACUUUUUUAAGCAAAAACAUUGAUAUCUUAUAUUUAUUCAAUGGACUGAUGCUACCUAGAAAAUUUGAAAACUCUUAAAAAUAACAUAUAACUCAGAAAAAAAAAAAGACCACUCAGAAGUGUUCUGACUAUUCAAAUUCGUGUUCACCUUUUAAAUUUGUUUAUUUUUUAAUUACUGCAGCAGUGCCUGGUUAUUUAAAAAUAUUCUCUACUGCCAGUUGUAAUGAAGGUAAAGGGUCGAAAUCUUCCUGCCUUGGAAUCUGUGUAAGGUUUCGGAAUGUGGUCAUUUACCAAAUAAUAGCCCUAGUUUGAGUAGCACGCUAUUCAACUAAUCUCCGAAAAUAAGCUGCUGCUUAAGUAAAUGUAACAUUUAACAAGAAACAGAUGAACUUAAGAAAUUAAUCUGAUUUUCUUGUCCUGAUCUGUAUCAUGCGUUUUAGCUACACGGUAUGAAAAGAUUGUUAGUGUAGAUUGUUAUGGAACCAAGCAUGACAAAACACUUAGAACUGGCAAUGUUGAGUUUUUCAACAUUAGAUUCACUCUAAGAAAAUGAUAAAUUUUGUAGGUAAUAACGUAGCACUUAGUAUAUCAACAGCACAGUCUUGAAUAGUGGUAGUUUUUUAUGGUUAUUUUGGUGAUCCUGGAAGACAAGAAACGCAGGAACUUUUGAGAUUUUUGCCGCCUUUUUGUUUGUUUUUUUGCGAGCACAAAAAUUAAUAAUGUUUUUCUUGUAGUAAUUAAGAAAUAUCAAUUUUUUCUUAAAAAAGCUUUCUGCCACACAUAAGGACCAUUUUUAGUAUGACAGUUUUGAUCAAACACGUGCUUUUUAUCAUGUUCCUUUUGAAUGAAAUUUUGAUCUUCACAUCAUGUUGCCGUUGAUAUUAGUCUUAUUAAUGUAGCUUUGAACCCAGUAUGUAAGUUAACUUGUCGAAUAAAGGUGUUUGUCCUAAAACGAA